GACAGAUCAGGAAGAGAAAGUUGAAGCAUUUGGUUUGGUCUCCGUCAAUGGCCUCUCUCUCUCCACCUACCUACUACUCUUCAUUAUAUACUCCCAACUCUCUCCUACUCUUCAUUAUAUACUCCCAACUCUCUCUCUCUCUCUCUCUCACACACACACACACACAAACACACAUUGCAGUAUUUUCAGUUCUUGAUAGAGAAGAGCGCAGAGAGAGACCCCUGAUCCAACCAUGUCUGAGAUCAUUAAAGAAGGUUGGAACAAGUAUCUUUUACAACUCCAAGUCUAUCCUCUCAGAACCAAGGCAAUUACUUCUGGGGUUUUGAUUGGAAGCAGUGAUAUAAUUGCUCAGAAGAUUACUGGAGUCAAAAAGCUUCAAUUUAGAAGAGUGCUUCUUUUAAUGCUCUAUGGCCUUUUAUAUUCAGGUCCAUUUGGGCACUUCUUUCACAGAUUGAUGGAUAUGAUCUUCAGAGGAAAGAAGGGCAAUAAAACUGUUGCAAAGAAGGUUUUGUUGGAACAAUUGACUUCUUCUCCUUGGAACAACAUACUUUUCAUGAUGUACUAUGGCUUGGUAGUUGAAGGAAGACCCUGGGGUUCUGUCAAGAGUAAAGUUGGAAAAGACUACCCCUCAGUACAAUUGACUGCCUGGAAGUUUUGGCCUGUAGUUGGAUGGAUCAAUUACCAGUAUAUGCCUUUACAGUUCCGCGUACUCUUCCACAGCUUUGUUGCCUCAUGCUGGGCUGUCUUUUUAAAUCUGAGGGCAAGAUCCGUUGCCGCUAAGCAGGCCUAAAAUCGAGGAAGAAAAAUCAAGGAAGACCUUUUUGUUUAUUACUUUUUCCAUUUUCCAUUUUCCAUUUUUAGGUUGAGCUUAAAACUCUUUUUUCGUCUAGUCUUUUUCGCCAUGUUCUCAUUUACAGUUUGUCUUUAUUACUUAAAACUAUUAUGUUUCCAUACAUACCAUCUGUGAAACAGUUAAUGCAAUCUGCUAUGGGUUAGUCUAUGAAGCACGGAUACUUCAAAAAACGUGACGUAUCCGUAUCGGAUACUUAUCGGA